GUCCUUUAAAAUAAUGAAGAGGUUCCUUUACGGGACUAAAUUUUGCUGUGGCACAAUGUUGUUACGUUUAGGUUAAUGUUGUCGAUAGUAUUUAUUAAUGUCAAUUUGUCGUCUCACAGGAGCAUCAUGCCUCAAGAGUUGAUUCCAGUGUCGAACGGUUCCAGUUACGAAUCCUUCUACGUUGUGACAAACCACUACGCAGCUUCGUACAGAAUUCUUGUUACCACUUUGCUUCACUCUGCUAAAUAUAAACAUGACAAAACAAAUAUCAAACUGGAAAUAUCACACUUGUUUAUCGACGAGGCAGCUCAAGCACUAGAGCCAGCUGCACUGGUGCCCAUCUCGAACUUACUGAAAUCAGGGGGACAGCUCGUGUUGGCCGGAGAUCCGAAGCAGCUUGGGCCUGUCUGCAUAUCAAAGGAAGCUAGCGACAGAGGACUUGGUAAGUCAUGAAUUUGUUAUAUUUUGGUUUACUAUAUUCGUUGUUAUUGUUAGAGUUUACGCCAGAGCGUAUGACAGACUCUGAAUUUCAGUCGCUUAUUUAUUGACAUUAAAAGCCAUAGUAGCCUAAUGGUUUGACCUACUGCCUCUCAAGCACAGGGGCGUGGGUUCGAAUCCGGGCUCGGACCUCUUGAGUUUCUCGG